AUGGCAAACCACACAGAAGAACAGGAACUCGAACUCGAGGCGCUAGAGGCUCUCUUUACUCGAGAAGAAGAAUUCGAGAAGCUUUCUUCUACUUCUUUCCGCCUCUCUCUCCUGCCUUGUGAAGAACACGAAGGCACUGGCCAUGUCGCCGUCACGCUGUUCGUUGAAUACGUACCAACUUACCCCGAUGCCCCUCCCAACUGGGAAAUCCAAGCAAGCAAAGGCCUAGACUCAGAGGCCUUGGAAGAAGUAAAGAAGGAGAUCUCGAAAGUGAUGGAGAGAGAGGUUGGGGCGCCGAUGAUGUACACUGUCGCGGAAUUUGUACAAGACUGGCUUCGAGCACGAAACAAACCACAACAGUCAAUGUACGACCAAAUGAUGAGUCGAGAGAAUGCGGCUGUAGAGCAAGAUGCGAACGAGGAGGAGGAAGACGAAGACGAGGAACCGCAAUAUGCGGGUCUGGGAGAGAAGCAGCUCUGUGCAGCAACGGAAAGAUGCACGAAGGAAGAAUUUGACCGAUGGGCAGAACGGUUUCGACAGGAGAUGAUUGACGCAGGAAUAUGGAAAGGGUCUGCGAUUUCUGGAAGCCGCAAAGGCGCCUUGACAGGAAAGCAAUUGUUUGAAAGAGAUGCCUCUCUGGCCACAGCGGAUACCAGCUGCGCCGAAGCUGAAGCGGAUGAAGAUGCUGCCGACGAGAACCAGAAAGAUAACAGUUGCCCAGAAGACACCGAGAAGAGAAUGUUCUGGAAGGAUGAGAGCCUUUUUGAAGGCGCAGACGAUGAAGAACUUCCAUCCGAUUGA